UAUUAUAAGAUUUUUAAGAGUUUAUUUAUAAGAGUGGUAACACUUUAGUAUGUGUCAAGUCAAAGUACAGAGCAGCACAAACACCACUGAUUUGUAGAGCACACUCCAGGCCUGAAGGGGCAACAGUGAGAGCUGAGGGCUGAACAUCUCCACCUGCUUCCAACAGAUUGGUUUGAUUGAAUUCACCUGUUCACCUGCUCAGAGCCAUGCUCAAAAUGUUUGAGCUUCUGUCAGUCACCCCUUUUUGACACGCUGCUAAGAGGAAGGAAGACAGCUCCUGUGUGGACUCAGAAGACACAACUGAUUGCCUGUUGUUGGCGUUCGGGCGGACACUUCCAUGGCCACUCAUCCAUCACGCUUAAGAUGUGCAUCUCUCUCUUCAAAUUUGUCCUUUUAAAGUUUGAACUUGUCUUGUCUGCACUCGCUGGGUGCGAUCAAACAUUUGCAUUUCAAGAGGAGUCGACUUGAAGUGAGUCGGAUAGUUCAACUGCAUGAUGGGAGCUGUAAUGGCCGCUCUGUCUGUGGAGGCCCGCAGACGUCUCUCUCGGCCCACCUGCCUCUCUCACUGUGGACACAGUGCGGCCAGGUACCACCGCUCAGACAGCAGCGACAGUGAUCUGGAGCUGUCCAUAGUACGUCACCAGCCGGAAGGCCUGGACCAGCUGCAGGCUCAGACCAAGUUCACCAGGAAGGAGCUUCAGUCUCUCUACAGAGGCUUUAAGAAUGAGUGUCCUAGCGGACUGGUGGAUGAGGAAACGUUCAAGUCCAUCUAUUCUCAGUUCUUUCCCCAAGGAGACGCGACUACAUACGCCCAUUUCCUUUUCAACGCCUUCGACAUUGACAGAAAUGGCUCAAUCCGUUUUGAGGACUUUGUGAUUGGCUUGUCCGUGUUGCUCAGAGGUUCUGUCACUGAAAAGCUCAACUGGGCCUUCAACCUUUAUGACAUCAACAAAGAUGGCUACAUCACCAAAGAGGAGAUGCUGGCUAUAAUGAAGUCCAUCUAUGACAUGAUGGGCCGGUACACUUACCCAUGUGUGCGAGACGACGCCCCUUCUGAACAUGUGGACAAGUUCUUCCAGGUUCUCAAUAAAAUGGACAGAAACCGAGAUGGAGUCGUGACCAUCGAAGAGUUCAUCGAGACUUGCCAGAAGGAUGAGAACAUCAUGAAUUCCAUGCAGUUGUUUGAAAAUGUGAUAUAACAUAUCAGGAUGCCACUUGGAGAUAUUAUUUUUUCAUCCAGCACACACACGCAAAUACUAGCAUUACGCACUUAAAGUAAGUAUUGUACACACACAAAUAUUUUUUACUAUUCGUCACCCUGCUUAUUCUAGACUUACAGUAUAUACCUUGCAAACACUUGUGGAUUUAAAGGACUGCCAUAGUCAGAUGAUGAGCUUCCUGCAUUGAGCACACAUCUUUUUUGUGUGUGUUUUGUGCCCUCAAUAAAUUGCACAACGGAACUUGAAGGAUUGAACUUGCGCCAAUUUCCAAUGCCUGGCCUCACUCAUUUUUUUUUCAUUUGUGCACAAUCAGUGCACAGAGUCAGUCUUUUUGAGGACACUGACAAAAAGCAUGCUUGUCAUUGAAUAUGUGAUGUGGAACUAGCUUGCACUAUAAUUUAAUGUCCAUGGGCCUAGUGCACCACUGAGGGGACGUUAGUGUGCAAUGUAUGUGAAGCUAUGUUGCCGCACUGGCUGAUGGAUCUGAAUUUUAAAAAAAAAAAAGUACAAAAAAUAUGUUAAGUGACAGCUUGCCACUGAGUCAAAGAAGAUUAUUCCUUAACUUUUGUGUUCUUUUGUAUUUUGGGGAGAGUAUAUUGAACAUGGAGCUGAGAUAGUGAAGUAACGUCGCAAUAGUGCGAAAUACUUUAAAUAUAGUUGUUUUUUUAUGCUGAAUGAAGGCUUUGUGUUGGUUUUUUGGUAUUUUACUCGCAUGCCGACUGUAAGGUGCCGCAGUAUGAUGUACAAUGCGGUGGGAUCUGUGUGACGUGGGUUAAUAAAGAUGCUGUCGACUGCUGUGA